CAUACAGAGGUUAGGGCUUCAACCUAUGAAUUUGGCAGAACACAAUUCAGACAUAGCAACAUUAAAGGAGAUUCAUCAGCACAUGGAACCCAUUAUUCCUGCCCCCACGCUCCCCAGCUUGCACGUCUAGAACCUUCCUCCCUCCCUUUUAUGUUACUGUAUAUGAAUUAUGACUUGUAUACCAACUUAUUAGCUGUGUCAAUAAUUACAAUGUUUGUACGAUAUCUCGUGGCUUAUGAAGACUGCUCCAUACAUCACUUAACCUAUCUCAUAAUCACUAUUUCACAGAUGAGGAAACUGAGACCUACAUGAUCCAGCCAAUCCGUAUGCCAAGGUCCUCUAACUCUUUCCAUUAUACCAAGGUAUCUGGCUAUCCCCACUUCAAGGAAAACACAGGGCUUCAAGAACUGGCAAACUCUAAACUCAAAUUCAAAUCCCUCCGCUGUGACCAUCUCUGAGAAGCGUCACUUGUAUUGGCCCCCAUAUGAAUCCUUUCUCUCUGCUCUGGGAUUUUGUGGAGUAUUAAAGCAGAAAAAAAAUAUAUGAAAUGAGGUAAGAUUUUUAGAAGCAAGGAUAUUUUAUGUUCAUUUCUUUUCAGAUCAAUUUCCAAGCAUGCUGCACACUCUCUUACUGUAUUUCUCUAGGAUGAUCUAAACACCCAGGUUAAAGGAAGGAGGCACUGUCUGGUUUUCACUACCAUUCACUAGGUAUUAUCUUAGUUUAGAUUCUUCCCUGGGGGCUCACAUUCUGAACGUCAGGCUGUAGCCUGGAUCCUCUGAGAGUUAGUAUCAGUGGAACUCUCUCUGGUCUGCUCCCCACCCUCGCCCGACACCCCGCUGCUGGAGACUCUUUUUGGGAUCCGCAAUACUCCUCACUAAACCACUCAAGAAAUGCGCGAGAGCCAUGCUCGGCCAACACCUGCCAGCAGGGAGAAAAAGGGACGCUUGUUCACCGCAAGCCGCCCGGGGGCCGGGGUCGGGGGUCCAGGGACCGCUCGGCCCCAGAUCCUGAGCGCGGUCCUGGGCUGGAGGGGAGGUUCCCGUCCCCGGCCCUUUCAUCUGGCCGCGCAGGCAGGGAUCCUGCGCGGAGGGCUCCUCCCUUCCCAGGAGGAAGGGAGGGGAUAUCCAGGGAGGAUUCAAAGGGGCCUGGAGGUCAGGCGAGGCCGGGGAGGCUCCGUGGAGAAAACCGGAGCAGCGACGCGACCCAGCCGCCCGGCUCUCCGCGGAGCUUCCUCCCCGCACCCGCCUUUCCGGCCGCCGGGCGAGGGGGAGGGGAGGCUU